AUGAGGGUACAACAUGUAGAAGUUGUCGUUGAGUUGAAAAGUGAUAUUGGUCAGUCGAGUAGCUUUGGGUCACUGCGUGUGGGUGGUGAGGAAGAAAUUGAUGCACUACAGAGAUUUUGCCACCAUAAGGAGAAAGUGUUGUUGUCAGUCCCUUGGGCAAGUGAUGUCCGAACAUUGAAGAAUCCGAGAGUUAGUUCUGAUUUGGUGUCGAGUACUAUAUCUGAAAUUGUGAGAGACAAGUCGUUGACUCAGCCGUGUGAGGUGGUGACUAUUUUGAAGAGGGAUUAUGGGCUAGAUGUUAGUUACCACAUGGUAUGGUUGGGCGUGGAGAAAGCAAAGGUUAUUAUUCAUGGAGAUCACUCAUUAUCGUUUGACCAGUUGCGGUGGUAUUCGAAUGCUGUGAUGCGUUACAAUCUGGGGAGUUAUGUCAAUAUUGACUAUGAUGCGAGUAGUCAACAGUUUUGUCGUUUCUUUGUAUCAUUUGCUGCGUAUAUUUCUGGGUUCAAUUCUUGUCAGCCUUUAUUAUUCCUGGAUGGAACAUUCCUCAAAAGGAAAGUACAAAGAGACCACGGCCAAUUAGUCGUGUUCUUGCAUGAACUUGGCAAGGUUGUUGAUGGUAAGCGUCAAAUUACUUUUAUUUCAGACCGUAAUCUUGGUUUGUUAGAAGCGAUGUCGAAGGUGUUUCAAUCUGCUCACCACCGUUAUUGCUUACAACACUUGAAGAACAACUUAAGAGAUUGGAUGAAGGGAAUUGAUAAUGGAUUUAGGGACAACCUCAUUAGUAGUUUGGGUGACUAUGCUUACGAACCAACUGUGGCAGGGUUCCAUGAAAAGCUUGAGAAAUUAAAAGCGGAGAGUAAGCAAUGA